AUGAGUGCAAUCGCUGACAGCACCGAAGGCCCUGUCGAGCAGGUCAAGGUGCUGUUUGCCCUGUUCCCGGGCUACAACACGCUCGACGUGGCAGGUCCGCUCGAGGUUCUGAGUCGCUCCCUCCAGGACGCCAAGGACAAGUCCAGCAAGGCCUUCAACUGCCAAUUCGUCGGCACUGCAGCUGCCAUGACCUCCGUUCAGGGCCUCACCAUCAAGGCAGACAUGGACUAUGAGGACGCCAACAACGAGCUUGAGGACUUUGACGUUGUCAUCGUUCCCGGUGGUGAGGGUGUCUUUGAGGUCCUCAAGAACAAGUCUGAGCCUCUUGGACUCCUCACCAAGUACGUUGAGCUUCAAGAGAAGAGCCCCAGCAAAGAGCGUACCAUCCUUGCCAUCGACGUCGGUGCCCUACUUCUUGCUCAGCAAGGUAUGCUCGAAGGCCUUGCCGCUACAACCCACCCAGACUACUACGUCCGUCUCGAGACAAUCUGUCAAGACGCGGCUAGGCGAGACAUGUCCGAGCGUACGGACGUCAUGGAGGAGCGUUAUGUAGUCAACAACGCCCGCUUCGACUUGGGCGAGAACCCCGACGACAACCCGUACAUCAUCAAGAAGUCGCGUGAGCCACCAAGCGCUCCCGAGGGCACCAACACCGGACAUGCCCGUAGGAAGUCGAUUGCUCGCAAGGGAAGCAACGCCUGGCGUGACUCUCGUCGCCGCGAGUCUAUCGCUAGGCGUGCUUCCAUGCCUCUGGGCGUAUCGCCAAUGCCAAUCCAGUCUCUCAUAAGCUCACUUCGGCGGCGUAGCCGUCGCGCCUCGCCUUCUCCAGCUCAUCUGCAAGCAAAUACCCAAAAGAUCGAAUGGCGUCUUUUGGACGUCUUCUCACGCAUGUGGGAUCUGGGCUUCACUGCUUUCGGGGGCCCGCCCGUGCAUUUCCAGAUUUUGCAUCGGAGAUUCGUCGAGGGGUUGGGGUUCCAGGGUGGAAGUAAAUGGUUAGAUGAACAGACUUACCAAGAGCUCUUCGCAAUAUGUCAGGCUCUCCCCGGCCCGGCCUCAACUAAAAUGUGUUUCUGCAUCGCCCUCCUACAUGCAGGCAUCCUCUCCGCAGUCUUCGCCUUCCUUCUCUGGAGCCUUCCCGGCGCAAUCGGUAUGUAUGGGCUUUCCCUCGGCGUACAGAAGAUGCCGGAACGUCUCCCUCCCAUUGUAUACGCCCUGCUCUCCGGACUGAACGCCAGUACCGUUGGCAUCAUCGCACUAGCGGCCGUUCAAUUAUCUGAGAAGGCCAUCAAAGACCGUCUUACACGCAUUCUAGUGAUCUUUGGUGGCUGUGCGGGUCUGUGUUACAAUGCGCUAUGGUAUUUCCCUGUAUUAAUCGUCAUUGGUGGUCUUUCAACUGUGAUUUGGGAUGUUUGGCUGAGACAGCGUGUGGGUAAGAUAAAGGCUGCGUAUCUUGCUAAAAGGAGGAGAGCGAGGGACGAACAAGGUGAUGCAGAGGAGGUUCAGACUACAACACAGAGCAUCCCUAUUGAGCUUACUCGUCCGGAAGCUGUGAAGAGGAGACAGAGGGCGGGAAGCUCAACAGAUCGGAUUGUGCCUGAGCGAGAAGAGGCGGGAAGGAGUCAUGCUGGUGAACACCCAGUUGUUAAUGAUGUGGCUGCGAAGAAUGAUGCCGAGACCGUUGCACCUGUGGCGGAUGUCAAGACGCAUAACAUUUCUGUAAAGGUUGGCGUGUCACUAAUCGUGGGCUUCCUGAUCUCCUUCGUUGUCAUUAUGGUUGUCCGCGGUACGGUAUCCAGCGGCCGGUCAUUCAAUCUCUUCUCCAACAUGUAUCUCGCCGGCACCAUCAUCUUCGGUGGCGGCCCUGUAGUAAUUCCCCUCCUGCGCUCUUAUGUCGUAGACCCAGGCUGGGUUUCACCACGGGACUUCCUCCUUGGCUUGGCUAUUAUCCAAGCUUUCCCUGGCCCCAAUUUCAAUUUCGCAGUGUACCUCGGCGCUCUGAGCAUCGCUUCAGCACCCGGUUCUACGCCAACCAUUGUAGGCGCCAUUCUUGGUUUCAUCGGCAUCUUCUUCCCCGGCAUUGUGCUAGCAGUCGGCGUGCAGUCUAUUUGGCAGGUCAUGCGCACCAAAGCAUGGGUACUCAGUCUUUUGAGGGGCAUCAAUGCAACGGCUGUAGGACUAGUCUUCACGGCUGUUUACAGGCUUUGGGAGAUUGGUUACUUGACGCCAGAAAGCAGUAAUGGAAGGAGUUUGGCGGACGAGCCGUGGGCACUGAAAAUUUUGACAAUAUAUAUUGGCCUUGGAAAGCAAAACGCCAACAAAAGCAAUACGGUCUUAUGGGUAUGUGGUCACAGCACCCAUUCAGCUCUUACACCAACUAACAAACACCAGUCUAGUGGUAUGAUUCUCGCUUAG